ACUUUAAUCCUGUAAAAGCCAAAAGGGAAACUUCUGCACUAAAUUAUGACAACUUCAAGUAAAAAAAAAAAAAGAUACUAAAUGAUCUACUCUGCCUUUGAUGACCAUGGCAAAGAAACUGGUGAUCAUUGACACAGACUGUGGCAUCGACGACGCUCAGGCUAUCAUGAUGGCCCUGGCAGCACCUAACAUUCAGAUCCUGGGCAUUACCUGCGUGUUUGGGAACGCAGCAGUUGAAAAUGUAUGUCAGAACGUUUUGAGGGUGCUCUCCGUCUGUGAGCAGGAGGGGAUUCCAGUGUUUCGAGGUUCUGGUGGUCCUCUGCUCGGAGACAGUAACUCAUGUAGUGACCACUUUGGAAGUGACGGACUUGGAGACGUGCUUGAAGACAGAGAUCCACAGUGGGAGGAGAAAAUCCAGAGAGAGCAUGCGGUCAAUGCAAUGAUUCGACUGGUGUCUGAAAACCAGAACCAGGUCUCCUUGGUGGCCCUCGGCCCACUCACUAACCUGGCCCUGGCUGUCAGACUGGAUCCAUGUUUUCCCCAAAAGCUCAAAGAUCUGUACAUUAUGGGUGGCAAUAUGGAAGGUAAAGGGAAUGUGACAAUAUGUGCAGAGUUUAACUUUGCAACAGACCCAGAGUCUGCCUAUAUUGUUCUUGAAGAAUUUCUCUGCCCUACAUACCUUGCAUCGUGGGAGUACUCCUGCAGAAACGCACUGACAUGGGAGUUUUUUGAAGAGUUGAUCAAUCAGGAUGCACCUGCUGCACGCUUCAUGAAGACGAUAACAUCUAAAUGCUGGGCCUACUCCAAAGAGGCUAUGAUGAAUAAGAGGGACGUGUACUUUGGACCUGGCUUUGUCUCUUAUGAUGCUUAUGCAAUGGCAGCCUGCAUCAACGGCAGCGUGGUGACAGAGAGCAUCGAGUGUCCUGUUCGCGUGGAGCUGCAGGGCACCAUGUGUCGCGGCAUGAUGGCACUAGAUCGCACAAAUGCACUGAAGAAGAGCCACAGUGUGUUUGUUCUGUCUAAAUGUGAUGUUGCCAAGUUUGGUCAGCUACUAAUGGAGUCUCUCAGACAACCACGUAAUAAGUGACCCUUGGUGCCUAGAUGGAGAAUAAUAGGAAAAUCUGAAUAGAUGAGAAACUGAGAUGCUCCCACACAUGGUUUGAUCAGUAUGAAAAUGUUGUGAAUCAUAUUCUAUGGCCCUGACAGCCACCACAUGUUAACACAGCUGAACACCUGCAGGAUGUUUUAGAGCAACAAGUUAGACAGCACUCUGCAUCACAAUCAUCAAAACAACAGAAUAAUGCUCAUCCCUCCAGAGGAGACUCCACAGACUUGGUCCAGGCCAAGGAGCACUGAAGCCCUUCUAAAUGUGUUUUUCUCUCUCUCUUUCUCUAAUUUGUCACAAAUCUGUAAAUGUAUAUGUGCAACUCAGGAAUAAUUGAAAGCCAAUUUCAGAAUGUUUCCAUAUUAUUAAAAAGAGAAAUUAGAAAAAUUAGGUGUUUGGAUGAAAUCUGUUACAAACGGAGGCUAUACUACUAUGUAAGACCAGUUUACUCUCACACAAGGCUUUGAUAUAUUUGUCUUGUCCUUCCUAGGUUCUUGUAGUUCUUGGUCUUUAUGACACUUAUUAGUAAAUAUCUGAAACAGGCACCGGACAUCCAGCCCGUUCUCAAGAAUGAUAGGUCCCUUUUUGGAAAAGUAAGCUCUCUCAUCAUCUAAACUUCUGAUCGGGCCUGAGCCUCUUCACAGUAAUGUAGCAACAGAGAGGGACGCUCAUCCUCCAGCUAGUGUGUAAAAUUGUCAUUUAUUUGUCUGGACAGGUUACUGAGCUGCAAACAUUUCUUAAUGUGAACUGACUAAAGUGUGCUGCAAAGAUAAGUAUGGAAGACUUAAAAUGCCUAAAACAAAGAAAUGAAGUUUUUAAUGUAUGUGUUUACAAUGCAAAAAUUUAAUGAAAAACA